GCAGCUGUGUAGUGGUUGUGCUGAGGUGCAGGGGGGAGUGAGGAGCCCCAAAGAAGUGUGUACAGAAAAAGUACUGAUAAAACACAGUGAUCUCAUCAGGAGAAGCACAAGUGAUGGUUCUUCACUGGUAUGCGAGUGGAAAACCCCAGUUGCAGAACCAUGGGAAAGUGUCUACUGUACAGGUUAUUUUGUUACUCAUUUUCUGUGCUCUGUAUGCUGUUUGCUGUGUUUCGCUUCUGUUUUUUUUUUUGCUGAGUCAAGACAAGCAGCUCCUAGUAGAACUAUUAAUUAUUUCAAGCAAUCGAAGAACAUGAGGCACAUGGAAGGGAAAUCGCAGUUGACACAUCUACGGUGUUGCAAGAUACCAAAGAACAUUGGCAGGUGCAGUCUCAGCUUUAUGGGCCUCUGUGAACCUGUUUCAAUCCUGCGUCGAGGCAGAAGGAAGGCGAGACUGCUGGAAGCUAUGGGACUGCAGUUGAGAGACAUUCAGGUGUUGUGUCUGGUACUGAUGGUUGUGAUUGAACCGUUUCUUCGCUGUGCUGCUGCGGCUGGUGGAAUGGUCCCCCGAACGAGAAUGGCCACGCCUGCAGCCGACGACGAUCC